UUGUAUGCAUCCUAAGGCAAAAGCUAUUCAGUUUUCGGAUUCGUCAUCAUCAGCUGAGAUGAAGCGAACGGGUCACUGCCCUGCGUCUUCCAUCUUCCUUCUUCUUCUUCGUCCUUCUCCGACUGCUAUGUCCAGCCAGUCGUCAUCCCAUUCCCUUCUCCAUCUCCCUUUCUCGUCUCGCCCUCGUCGGAGGUUUUCUUCGAUCCCUAACCCUAAGCCGAACCAGGUCUUGAGUUACGGGAGGACAAAUUGCAGAGCUAAAGGUGGUGGUGGUGGUGGUGGUGGGUUCACGAGUGUGGGCGAUGCCCUCCGUUGCUUCGAUAAAAUGAUCAACACCGACCCUUUGCCUUCCGCCAGGGAUUUCAGUCUUCUGUUGGGUGCUGUAGUGAGGAUGAAGCACUACUCCACUGCCAUCCGGUUGAUUGAGCAGCUGCAUUCGUUUGGGAUUGAAGAUAAUCAUUUUUGGCUGACGAUUUCGUUGAAUUGCUUUUGUCGGUUACAUCGGGUUGAUUUGGGCUUGUCUAUCCUGGGUAGGAUCUUGAAGCUUGGGUUUCGCGUCGAUGUGGUGGCGUCGAGCACCCUAAUUGAUGGUCUCCUUAUUCAGGGCAAAACUGAUCAAGCGUUGAGGUUCCUCCAUUAUAUGCAGCGAAAAGGCCCCGCACCCAAUGAGAUCACGUAUGCGAUAAUCGCGAAGGGGUUAUGCAGGGCGGGUAACGCCAGAUUGGCGAUUGAAUUGCUAAGGGACUGGGAAGAGAGAAGCUGCAGGCUUAAUUCCUUCACAUACAACAUAGUAAUAGAUGGUCUUUGCAAGGAGGGAUUGAUCACAGAGGCCUUGAGACUCCACGAAAGUUUGAGUAUGAAGGGCGUCCGACCAGAUGUUGUUACUUAUACCUCCUUGAUCCAUGGCCUGUGCAAUGUAGGCCAGAUGGAAGAUGCCCUGGUAUUGUUGAAAGAGAUGACGAGCGGAGGCAUCCAACCCAACUUACUCACUUAUAGCUCGUUGAUUCAUUGCUUAUGCAACCUAGGCCAAUGGAAAGAUGCUACAGUCUUGUUGGAGAAGAUGAUGAAGGCAGGAAUUGAACCGGACGUCGUUACUUAUACCUCCGUCAUUCAAGGAGUGUGCAAUUCCGGCCAAUUGGAAGAGGCUCGAAGACUGCUGAGUCAUAUGAUGCGAAGCAGAGUAAUGCCGAAUGUUCUAACCUUCACUGUUCUGGUGGAUGCACAUUGUAAAGAGGGAAUGCUUGAAGAGGCAGAGGCCAUAGUGGACCAGAUGAUUCAAUUAGGUAUAGUGCCUUCUAAUUUCACUUAUAAUACAUUGAUGAAUGGUUAUUGUCUGCAAAAUCGAAUGGAUGAUGCAAUGGAAGUGUUUAAUUUGAUGGUCGAAAGAGGCUGUUCACCUGAUGUUGUUAGUUAUAACAUGUUGAUUAACGGAUACUGCAAAGCGAGAAGAGUUGACAAGUCAAAGAUGCUUUUCCAAGAAAUGCUUCAGAGGGGCCUGAUUCCUAAUGUCAUCACAUACAACACUCUUGUGAAUGGAUUUUGCCAGGUCGGGAACCUUCAAGCCGCCGAGGAGCUAAUUAACGAAAUGCAAUCUCGCAAUCUAUCUCUAAAUCAUUAUACAUUGAAUGCGUUAUUGGAUGGCUUGUGUAAAACACAACAGAUUGACAAGGCCAUGAUAUUGCUUCGAAAGAUGGAAGAUUCCAAGUUCAUCCCAGACAUUGUAACUUACAAUAUCCUAAUGAAUGGCAUGUGUAAUGCCGGAAAACUCGACGAUGCAAUGGGGCUGUUUAAUUGUUUGCAUGCUCGAGGCAUGCAACCUAGCGUGUGGACAUAUAGUGUCAUCAUGCAUGGAUUGUGCAAAGGAGGACGCACGGAGGAAGCAUAUCAGCUGCUAAAGGAGAUGGAACGAAACGCAUGCUUUCCAAAUGGUGUCACUUACAACAUAAUAAUCCAAGGGCUUCUAAGACAUAACGAAAAUACGAGAGCAGCGCAACUGGUCGGUGAAAUGGUUGAAAGGGGAUUUUCUGCAGAUGUAGUGACGAUGGAGUUGUGGGUUAAAUAUCUCAUGAUAAGUGGAACUUCAUCCUUUUCUAGUUGAACUCUCCAUUGUGUCAGAGAUCUGUCCACUUUUUCAUCUGAAAUGUGAUGAAGAGUUAACCAGAUUAACGGCAAGUUUUCUUCCA